UAAAAUAAACAAAAUCAGUUGCCGUCCAGUCCGCUUUAGCCAAGGCACUGCAAACUGUGGCCUGUUUUGAUCUUUAAUCACUUAGUUUCCUGCGAAGCGUUCGAUCGUCCAGAAGCUGUCCGGUUUGAGCAGCGCGCGUAACCUGAUACUCGGUCUGAGAGCUUAUGUUUACUCGGACUGCCUGGGGCGAUAAGUGGUCGUCAAGAAACUUGUUGAUUACAAGUUUGUUAAAAUCAAUGUGAUUCUUGUUAAACGGGUGGAAGGAAAUUUAUUUUCCCACAGCUAGUCUAGCCAGUGUUCGAAUAUGAAGACGAUCGCGGUGAAAUUGUUAUUCCUAGCAUUCUUCGUUGGUUAUUUCGCCCUGGUUGUGAAUCGAACUGUGUUGUCAAAGUUUGAUACUUUGGCAACAAAUCAAAAUCUGUUGGAUGCGGUAAAGUUUGGUGAAGAUGUAAUCGAAAAAUCCAAACGCCUGGAAAAUACAUUAUCUGGUUCGAAAAUGAAAGUGGCUAAGGGAAGCAUUUCCUACGCACAGGUCAUCGAUGGCUAUCCGACUCCCAGUACACAGAGGCAGGAUUACGUAGCAAGAACUGUACUCAAAUCUACAUCGUACUUCAUUAAUAGUGUCUGCAAAACUCACAGAAUCUCUUCUCGCGAGUGUGCACGAUUUUUGUCGAACAAAUUGAUUCCUCAGAGUAAGUUGUUGGACAAAUGUCAACAAAUUGUGAACGCUAAGACAUAUGACGAUGAAUACCGUCGUCUAUUGCCGGCCAGCUACCAUGACGGAAUCUACCAGUUUCGCAAAAGUGUUCUCGGUGGUGAACUGCCCCAUCCGAGAAGUGUCUCAAGCAAAUUCCACGGAUCCACCGAACAGAAUAGUGAAGAUAGUCUCCAUAGUGUGGCACUGGUUCAGUGGACACAGUUCAUCGAGCACGAUUUAGCCAAAACUACCGUUCAGACCACACACGACGGAACAGAUAUUGAAUGUUGCAGUAGCGAUCACAACAAGGUAGUGCCACGAUACCUGCAUCCUUCGUGCAAACCAUUGUACAUAGCUGAAGAUGAUCCUUACUACAAAACUCGUGACGUUACCUGUUUGAACUAUGUGCGUAGUUCACUGUCACUGGGUGAUAAAUGUAACUUAGGACCAGCAAACCAACUGAACCAGGCUACCAAUCGACUCGAUCUGUCACAACUCUACGGUAAUCAUGAGAAGGAAACAUUGCCGCUUCGUACGAGCCAUGGAGGGAAAUUGCGCUCUCAAACAUUCGAUUCCGUCGAAUACCUAGUUGAAAGCUCGGAUAAGAAACAAUGUGUCGCGAAUGACACUUUGAGCACGAUUUGUUACGCGUCGGGAGAUACUCGAGUAAACGUGAAUCCAUUUGUGACACUUCUGCACACGCUCUUCUUGCGAUCCCAUAAUCGGUUGACGAACCAUUUGUCCCUUUCGAAUCCUCACUGGAGUGAUGAACGCUUGUUUCAGUUUAGCAGAAGGAUAAACAUUAGGAUAUACAGGAAAAUUGUCCGCGAAUGGGCGGAAACCAUUCUGGGUAAGCGCAUUCACGUUGGACAAUUGGGAGAUAUUGAUCCGCGAGUUAGUAACGAGUUCGCGACCGCCGCCAUUCGUUUCUACAACACAAUGAUGCCAGGAGAAAUAAGUGACUCGUUGCCGGCCAACCGACAGCUUGGGUUGGACCUGGAAGAUUUGUUCUACAAGCCGAAAGACAUGCGCAAGAAGAAGUACUUCAGCCAACUGAUGAGUUCGGUUCUACGACAAAACGCAAUGUCUAUGGAUGUAAGCUACGUGGAUGAUAUGGCACAGUUGUUGUUCAAAACCAGUAACAUUGGUACGGACGUUCUUGCAUUGGACAUCCAACGCGGACGCGACCAUGGACUGAGUAGCUACACGAGUUACUACACACUUUGUACAGGGAAAACGGUUGAGUCUUGGAGUAAUCUAUCCUCAAUCAUCAGUCCAGCGGAUAUCGAAACACUUAAAUCGGCAUACGCUUCAGUGCAUGACGUUGAUCUCGUCGUAGGAGCGGUCGCGGAACGUCCCGGUGUACCGGAAGCGAUUGUUGGUCCGACACUGGCUUGUAUCAUCAAGGACCAAAUGGCCUUUUCACUCGGCGCAGAUGAACAGCAUCAUCCCCAGAUCGACGACAUGCUAACAAAUUAUUCAGCAGCACGCUUCCUCUGUGACACGGCACAAGUAGAACAGGUACAACGAAACAUAUUCCGUCUGCCAGCGGUCGACAACCCACAAGUGCGUUGCGCACAGCUUCCCGAGCUGGACUUGAGUUCCUUACGGGAGCCGCAAUAGUAGGCGGAUGCUGUUUAUACGAAUAAAUAAUGAAUGAGGCACAACACAUUAAAAUACUAUCGCACAGCAGGCGAUGACGAUGACGACGACGACGAUGGUGAUAAUUAUUGCGAAAACGGUGCCUUUUGCAUGUGGUGCGGAACCCGUCCUCCUAACUUAAGAGCUAUAUUGACAAACAACUUGUAGCAGGCAUACUUUGCUUCGCGCUUCACAUGGAAUCUUUGUUCGCGAAAAAAGAAUGUUAACCUAAAACUAUACAAACAAAGAGGAACAAAACUUUCCCAUGUUAAAUCCUUAAAUCGCGAUAUAUUCGUUAGAAACCAUGCGAGGGCAACGCUAGCAAUGCAAUACGCUUCUGACUUGAAUUAGAAAUAAAUAAAAGUAUUUUUGUAUAAUAGAAAAACAAGUGUUGACCUAAAAAUCAUGGCCGUUUUGUGUUAUGUUACAAGAUGACCCAACGUCUAUGUUUGUUUCACUACUUCUUUGAUGACGACGGCCAGUAAAGUGAUAAGGAGCAGUUCUGUGGAAAUGAAACUGUUUGUGUACACAUGUCUAUGAAGUCGAAGUUUCUACUGAUUGAAUGAUCAUCAAAAUAAAUUGUAGUUUGUGCUGUUGGAUUUCAGCACGUCGGAUUAUGAUUAAUUGAAAUGAUAAUAGAGUGAUUUCUAAUAAUUCCAAUGAAAAAUAGCGAUGUGGUAUACAAUUAUGCCUGAAUCAGAAUCAAUGUAAUCAAUGAGGACAAACUAAUGUUACACUAUGACAGUUUACACAUGUCGCCCUCAAGCCUACUUUAAUACAACUCGGAAUAUGAGGGCAUACCAGUUUAAUAAAACAGCUGUUUUACUGUGAUAGUUUGCAA